AUGGUCAACCGGGUCAUUAUUCCCGUUCGAUGCAAGCUCGACGACAAUAUUCAAGAUACUUCGCCUAAGUUGGCUGCGAUCAAGAUUACGCCGCUUCCUCCCGAUCGCCGAGGAUCUCUAUCGCCACAAAGCAGCCGCCCGGCAUCACUUACUGUGAUUGAAAGCGAUGUAGUGGAAAGUAGCAAUUUAAUGAUUACAUUGAGAUUCUUUUCCGCGUCCACGCUGACAUCGGCAAAACUGGAUUUGAAUUUGACAACUGAGAAUUCUGUUGCUGAAGCUGAACAAGGUUUAUUGGCGUUGAAAGCUAAGAAAAAGGCAGAUCUGUUGCUGCUGGACUCGCAAAUGGCGAUCAGGAAGACGAAGCUUGGUCACAACCGAUUUAAACGAUCCGAACGCAGCUUCAGGGCUCCCGCUGACUCGGCUGGACUACAGACACCGUUUAAACAGCGGCUGACAAUGGAUGACUUCAUGCUGGUUGACAAGAAGAUCUUUCCCGCUAACGCUCAGCUUCGACACCCAUUUAAGUUCAAAGACUACUCACCUGACGUGUUCCGUCAAGUGCGCCGCCAUUUUGGCAUAGACUUGGCAGACUAUAUGCUCACUCUUAGUGGAGAUUUUAAUUUUAUUGAGUUCAUGUCGAACUCCAAGUCGGGUCAGUUCUUCUUUUACUCACACGAUGGACGUUUUAUGAUUAAAACACAGACGAAGGACGAGUUCAAAUUUCUUCGUCGUAUUUUACCGCACUACUAUAAGUUUGUGAUGGAGAACCCUAACACUCUUAUGACACGAUUCUAUGGCAUGCAUCGCGUGAAGAUGCAUUAUUUGCGAAGGAAAAUGCACUUUGUCAUUAUGGCCAGCGUUUUUGAUACGCCUUUAGAGAUUCACGCACGAUAUGACUUGAAAGGCUCACGCAUUGGACGGCAUGCAUCAGUAAAGGAGCACGAGCGAGGAAGUGCAGGCGUUUUGAAGGACAAUGAUUUGCUAGACAAAGGCUUUCAUCUCCAAAUGGGCGCUGCUCAACGUGCCAUUUUUCUGGCUCAGCUUCGCAAAGAUGUCGAAUUUUUGAAAAGAAUGAAGAUUAUGGACUACAGUUUGCUCGUUGGUGUUCAUGACUCUGCUUGCAGGCUGCGUGAUAAUUUGUACACCAGCGUCUCAAUGAGCAAUAACGGCCAUGAAAGCUUAAUGUCGCAAGAUAGCUGCACGUCAUUACCCACUUCACUUGCGAUCUCACACUUUGGUUUUGUGGAUGUGCCGAAGAUACGACCGCAUCACUCGGCAUCUAUGCCUUUAGAUAGUAUCCAGCUUCAUCCGCCAUUGAUGCGACGUGCAAUCGCAAAAAAAGACACGCGACUCGCACUGUCGCCACCAAACACUCCCACGUGGAGCGAUUGCGGUACAGAUUUAAAAGGAGACACAGAUAGCAAUUUUGAGCUGAACGAUUUGACGAGCAGUGAAAGCGAGGUGAGUCGCAGCUUUGGUGCUGCGUUUGAAGAGUACUCUUCGUCGGCAACGUACAGCUCCUAUGGAUCAUCUUCAUCCACGCCACGAGAUGCAUCCAUUAUUGUACCUCUUUCUCCCCGUCUUUUGGACACAGGAGCAUAUGUCGAGUAUUCGCAGUCAGUUUUUUGCAAGGAGGACGGUGGUAUUUGUGGUCGUGACCAAAACGGCCAGAAGAAUGGUUUUGUUUACUUUUUGGGCAUCAUUGACAUUUUACAGCAGUACAAUACGCGCAAGAUUGCUGAAACAUUUUUCAAGGGUUUGCGACACAAUCGCAAGUACAUUUCAGCCGUGGCGCCGGAAUUUUACGGCAACAGAUUUAUUGAGUACAUGACGAAUUAUGUGGUGCGGGACAACACGAAUGUUUCGCAUCGCCUUCCUAUUUCCCCCUCGUCUGGAUUGGACAAAAAGUCUUGUAAUAAUGAUGAACACGUUGUACAAUAA